UCAUUGUGGCUCCAGUUCCGGCGUGAAGAAGCCGCACAUUGUCGCUGUUUGACCCGAACCAGGUCCAGCGGCUCACCGGCAUCCCAUCCUCCUGUCAGCCGCAGUGAGAGUCAGCAUGUCGGCCAGUUGGUGGAGCAGCUCCGCGGUGACUCACGGCCUCAUGGCGCUGUUCGCGAUGGGCUCCUGGGUGUCCGUCAACAGUCUGUGGGUCGAGCUGCCGGUGCUCGUCAACGUGCUGCCCGAAGAGUGGAACCUUCCCGCCUACCUGACAGUGCUCAUAGCGUUGGGGAACCUCGGUCCGAUCGCAGUAACCAUCACCCACCACUGUGCUCCCGGGCGGCUCAACGAGCGGCUGGUCAUCCACUGCAUCCAGCUGCUGGCCGUGGUGGCGUCGGCCUUCCUCGCCAUCUUCUGGUCGCACACCGUCGUCAUCGCAGGAGAGAAACGGUCGCUUCCCUUCCUGCUCCUCACCUUCGUCUUGUCUCUGGUCUGCUGCACCUCCAACGUCACAUUCCUGCCCUUCAUGUUCCGCUACCCGCCUCAGUACAUCCGGACCUUCUUCAUCGGCCAGGGCCUCAGCGCCCUGUUCCCCUGCAUCGUGGCGCUGGGACAAGGAGUCAACAAGCUGGAGUGUAAAACGGUCAACGGCACCGUGGAGCCGGAGUACCUGAAGGAGAAUUUUCCUGCACAGAACUUCUUCUGGUUCCUGUUUGUGAUGCUGACAGUGUCGGCGCUGUGCUUUCUGGCUUUGACCCGAAGACAGACGCAGCCUCCGAGUGCCGAGCCGCCGCAGGAGUCGGGCAGCACGGCGGCGAAGGACGGAGAUGAAACCGAACGGCUUCACAACGGAGGGACGCCGGUGUCGGAGGAUCAGGUCCAGCUGGAGGAGCAGCAGUCGCAUGGUCAGACCUUCUGGACGCCACGAAACAUCUACCUGCUAGCGCUGCUCGCCGUCUCCAAUGCCCUCAGCAACGGAGUCCUGCCGUCCAUCCAGAGCUUCUCCUGUCUGCCCUACGGGAACAUGACCUACCACCUCUCCGUGGUGCUCGGAAACAUGGCAAACCCCCUGGCCUGUUUCCUCUCCAUGUUUGUAGUCCUCAGAUCGUCCUCAGGUUUGGGCUUCUUGUCUGUGGCCGGACUUGUUUUUGCUUCCUAUCUGAUGGCGUUAGCUGCUCUCAGCCCCUGUCCUCCGCUGCUGGGAAGUCCUGCUGGGGUGGCGCUAGUGGUCAUCUCCUGGAUCGUCUUCAUCGGCCUCUUCUCCUAUCUGAAGGCGGUGAUCGGGACUCUGCUCCACGAGGCCGGUCACGCCGCCCUGCUGUGGUGCGGCAUCUCCAUCCAGGCCGGCUCGCUGGUCGGAGCUCUCACCAUGUUCCCCCAGGUCAGCGUCUACCACGUGUUCACCGCAGCCAAGGCGUGUGUCGACAACGGAUGCACCUAGCAGCGCUGAAGUACGUCGCUGUUGUUUUAGCCCACAGCUCCCAUCCUUCCUGGUGGGAAAUGACUGACCAUUGUUCCUGCGGCUCCAGACAGAAGAUCUUUAUUUUUGUGGAGGGUCACGCUGCACAUUAUCCAUCCUCUCCUGGUUCAGAGGCCGUAGAGCCUGUGGACGUGAAAACAUUCCCAGAUAACGGGAGCAUUGUGCUGCUGCACGUUGGCCGACAGGAGGUAGAAUACGUAUGAUGCAGUAAAACCACAAGUGCUUUGUGUGGCGUUUCAUAACGAGGCUCUGCAGCCGAGGUUGUUUACGGUUUACACACGGAUUUCCCAACUACAACGCAUCAUGUGAAGCUGUUUGCUCAGGGACCAUUAACUUUUACAUCACUCACGUUUGUUGUUUGUUGCUCCUGAUUCUCCAGCUACACUCCCAACAUCGUGGUGGGCGAUCUGGGAAAAGGAGAGCUUACGGGUUAGAAUUCAAAUCACAGAUUUCCUCACUUUAUUAGUUGUUCUAGCUACAAAACUUGCUGUGAAAAGCCAUCAGCAUCCUGUUUGAUUUUAUUAUUCUAGUUCUGAAGCAGGGCUGCAGCUGUCGAUUACUUUCAGAAUCGAGUAUUCUUUCAGUUAUUCACGUAAUGGGACAAAAAAAAUUAUUUAGUUUCCUUUUUUGUCUGUCUGUCUUCACCAUUUUGCAUUCCUCGCUUUGCAUGUGCGUUACAGCAUCAGAAGUGGCACAUAUACUGUACAGGGUGGACUGUAAGUUUCCAUGCAUAGGAAAAAUAAACAUUUUAUGUUGGACAACUGUUUUUAUUUAUAUAAUGUGCUCUAUAUGAUUACCAUUGUUUUGAAAGCACAUUAAUACGUGUUUUCCACUGUUGAUGAGCUUGAAUUAGCACAGUUGAAGUUCUGCUUGUGAUGGCGUUGGUGAUGCAUUCCUGGAGAUGAUUUAUGUCUCGUAUCUUCACCUGAUACACCGUGGCCUUCAAGUGCCCCCAAAGAUGGCGUCAAACGCAUCUUCUAGGGUACCUGAAACAUAAAACUAUGCAUUAUACAUUUUCCUACGUAUGGAAACUUAUGGCCCACCCUGUAGAAUAGUACAGGGAGUCCCUAAAGUCUGGACAUAUAGGCAAAAAUACACAUUUUCAAGUAAUUAAAUUGAAUUUGUCUGCUAUCUUUCAGUGUGUCCAUCCUUCACGUCGAUCAGAAUCAGCUUUAAUGGACAAGUACGUACACAACAUGCAAGGAAUUUGGUUUCAACUGAUGGUGUCAUCCUGGAAAUGUGGAAGGGAAUAAUUAAAAGUAAAGAAAGUAUAGAAAGAGGAACAGGGAGGAGAAAAAACUUGUAGUAAUAAAAUUGAAUAUAACUCAUUAUAAACGAAAUUUUACAGUUGUGCUGAAAUAAUUGCUAUAAAACAAUAGUGCAAAUGAUAAUUGUAUGAUGCAGUGCAAAAAGCAGAGAUAAUACUGUCAACUGAGAAGUACCACUUCAACUCUUUCUUCUUUGGACAAAGACAAAUUUAAUCUGUAGAGGGAAAAAAUGACAGUUAAUGAGAUUUCCUAUGUGUCCAGACUUUAGAGAUUAAAUGAUGCCUCGAGGCAUUUUAGUAAUCAAAUUACUCGUGGAAUCAGUAGUGACUCUUUCUCCACGGCUUUGAUGCUUCUUUUUAAAGUUGAGCGUGCACAGUUAUAAUUCGGCAUUUGAUCUGAUUAGCAGAAGAUUCUGAAUCAGAAAAAGUUUUAUUGCCAAGUGAGCUCUCACAUUCAAAGAAUUUGUCUUGGUAACAGAAACUUACAGUAGUCACGAAAAGUUAAACAACAAGAUAGCAGCAGGGUUAGUACGUGAUAAAUGUAAACUCUAAAGACCUGAUAAAUAAUCUAAAAAAAUCUACAUGCACUAAGGAAAAAGUACUAUUUAAAGCCUUAAAAAUAGCUUCAGCCAUAUUGCUCUUUCCUGUAGAUUGCAUCAUUAAAGACGCCAUGUUUAAGUUAAUUUGUCAUUCAAAGUAGCCGCCUGUACUGUCAGGUGUUUCCUACCUGUCGAUCUUCUGGAAGUUCAGCGAGGUGGACAGAGGAUGAGGAUACAGACACAGGGAGACAAACUGCAGAUGACUUAGGUUGUUACUAAGGUUUACUGAUAUCAGGAGAAGUGACACAGACAGAGCAGCAGUUCAAGCAAGCAACGCCAGCUUCAGUUCUGAGGAUUCUCUCUGAUCUUUGGGUUUAUGUUGUAGUUGGGAGAAGGUCAGAUUUAGAUUACUGACUAAUAUGGAGACAACUCGUCUGCUUGGUCAUGUUGCUGUUUAGGCGCUCCUUGGAAUCAUCCAAGACUCUCCAGUGAGUCUCUUGACCUGCAGAUUGAGGCUUCUUCUGCCAGCUGGAGGUCCAAUCCAACCAGAACUGCUGCAUUUCCCCUUCAUACCGAGCUUAUCGAGGCUGUAGAGGCACAAAAGGAUGCCAUGAAGUCGGCUCAUGAUGAAUGGGACUUUUCCUUCAUACUGCAGCACCACUGUCUGGUAAAUUCUUUGUACAAGGAUUACGUGCAUGUUGAUGGAGAAGAUCUCAAAUCUUUAUUGAAAGACGGAUGUCUUGAUUACUGGAGGCAAUAACAGAUAGUGUACUGUAGAUAGGUUAAGAUCAGUUAUUGAAAUGUACAACUGAAGUGUCAGAUUAUGUGACAUAAAAUUCUGUUUUAAAUUGAGUCGGACAAUCUGACUCUUAACAGAAAAGUUCAGAAUCGUCUAGGAUGGAGGAGGUGAAGUCCAUCAGCAGGUCAAGAGACUCACUAAAGAGAAACAUGAAUGAACCUGAGCAAGACAGGCUGGUUAGCAAGAAUUUAAAAGUGAAAAGUUAAGUAAGAAUGCUCAAAAUCAGGUGGUUAGCGAAGAUGAAGGAAUGACUGGACGUUUUUAGUGUUGGUCGGCCGUCCAAAGAGAAUCUAUUGGAAGAUAAAUAUGCUUUCAUCCAUUGUGGUCUAAGCCUUAUUUCUAAGCUAGUUGGUUUACCUCUUAAAUUAUAAUACUGUAGGGUUUUAGACCUGAUAUUUAGUAGUGAGGUUUUAUUUUAUACAAUUUUGGUUGGAUUUUAAUUUCCUAAUAUUCAAAUUACUCAAGUAAAAUACACAUUAUGAAUAAGUAAGACUUGUGCACGUUGGCUCUACAAGUUUAAAUGUGAAACAGUGACUCAUAAACCAAUCUAUUUUACAUUCGAAAAAAGAAAAGAGCCAACUUGAAGACUCUCUAUAUAAUUAUAAAGGAUUUUUACGUUUCAAAUCAGAGUGAUUUAGAUACUUUUUGUACCGCUGACCAACGCUAAGCGCUUCCAUUAAUUCCACAUAUGGUGCAAUGUGUAAAAUAUUUCCGAAAAGGAGGUUUUCAAACUGCUAAACUAAAGGUAAAAUCAGCAAUUCUAAUCCAGUGCACUUAAUCAGACUGCUCUUUUUCUUGCACUGUUUCCUGUAUUGACUGCUGUAACAUCAAAAAUUUCCCCGCUGCUUGUUUUAUCUAUCCAUCUAUCUGUCUAUCGUUCUAUGGUUCUCUAGCUGUAUGUUCUGUGGGAGUGCUGCAAAAAUAUUACAUAUUUGUACGCGAAAGGGCCGAAGACAUGACGGUAAAUCUACGACAUGCUAACUCGCUAGAUUUGCUAACUAGAUAAAAAUUCAUCUUUGUGCAGAAUCACAGGCUCUUCAACGCGCUAAGAUUAUCAGAUCGCCCACCACUCGUCCCUACAGAGGAAAGUAGUUUGUUUUUAUGUUCACUCAUAGUUUUCAGUUCUCUACCUCUUUCUUUUUACGCUAUGAAGCAACAAACACUAAUAUUUCCACACUUUAGAUCUUCUGGGAGGUCAGUAUUUGUCAGUCCAGUUCAUAAAAGCAGAACUUUAAACUUCUAGCUCACAGCUGCAUGAACAUUCCUCGACUCGGCGCCAAAAAUAUUUCCAACUGAAGAGCUGUACAGACGUGGCCUUUACAGAUUCCUGUUUGCUAAUCCUGUGUUUUUUUAUUUAAAUUUAUCAAUGAUAUGUGAAGUUUUGUGAUGAUUUUAAAUAGACUAAAGAGCUUCAUUGUGCUUAUUUUGUUUUGACAGAGUUCCCUAGAAGGUCCAGUUCGGUUAGAACAUGCUGCCAGUUUAAGACACACUUGAUGUGACGCUUUUCUUUUGUUAAUUAUUCGUGUUUUUAAGGAUGAUUCCAGACGGUUUCAGCUGCUGGGUGUGAUGGUGAAGCUGUAGCUGGAAAUACACUGGUUAUUGUUUAGAUUUCUGCUGCUGUAGUUCGAUCUGUGGUGCUUAGGAUACGUCCAGGUGUGUUUUGAACCUGAUUUACUACAUUACCACAUUUAUAGGGAGACUCAUUAUGUCUCCUAAAAAUUACUGUACUUUGAAAACCUGUAAAAGAUCUGAACUAUGAAGCAAGUUCAACAUAUCUAGAAUUUUUUUGUGUGUAAAUUGUCUCAAAAAACUAAAACUCCAGUCAGCGAUAACAGCUAGCAGAUGGUGCUUUUUAGCUUUAAUUGUGUGGAAUAUUUUUAAAAAAUGAUGACGGUAAAAACAAUUGGAAUAAUACAAGUCAGAAAUGCUGGUAGAAAGCCAUUUUCAAACAUAAUAUGGAAACUAAUCUUCUCCAAGUCUCAGUUCUCUUCAGACUGCAUCAGGUUGUCCGCCAGGAUUUCUCUAGACUUUACUGCAUUUAUUUAUCCUCUACCUUUACAAGCCUUCCAGGACCAGCUCCUAAAAAGCAUCCUCACAUCAUGAUGUUGCCACCACCGUGCUUCACAUCAUGAUGUUGCCACCACCGUGCUUCACAUCAUGAUGUUGCCACCACCGUGCUUCACAUCAUGAUGUUGCCACCACCGUGCUUCACAUCAUGAUGUUGCCACCACCGUGCUUCACAUCAUGCUUCACAUCAUGAUGUUGCCACCACCGUGCUUCACAUCAUGAUUUUGCCACCACCGUGCUUUAAUCAUGAUUUUGCCACCACCGUGCUUCACAUCAUGAUGUUGCCACCACCGUGCUUUAAUCAUGUUGCCACCACCGUGCUUCACAUGAUGCUGCCACCACCAUGCUUUAAUCAUGAUGCUAUCACCACUAUGCUUCACAUCAUGAUGUUGCCACCACCGUGCUUCACAUCAUGAUGUUGCCACCACUGUGCUUCACAUCAUGAUGUUGCCACCACCGUGCUUCAUAUCAUGAUGUUGCCACCACUGUGCUUCACAUCAUGAUGUUGCCACCACCGUGCUUCACAUCAUGAUGUUGCCACCACCGUGCUUCACAUCAUGAUGUUGCCACCACCGUGCUUCACAUCAUGAUGUUGCCACCACCGUGCUUCACAUCAUGAUUUUGCCACCACCGUGCUUUAAUCAUGAUUUUGCCACCACCGUGCUUCACAUCAUGAUGUUGCCACCACCGUGCUUCACAUGAUGCUGCCACCACCAUGCUUUAAUCAUGAUGCUAUCACCACUAUGCUUCAUAUCAUGAUGUUGCCACCACCGUGCUUCACAUCAUGAUGUUGCCACCACCGUGCUUCACAUCAUGAUGUUGCCACCACCGUGCUUUAAUCAUGUUGCCACCACCGUGCUUCACAUGAUGCUGCCACCACCAUGCUUUAAUCAUGAUGCUAUCACCACUAUGCUUCAUAUCAUGAUGUUGCCACCACCGUGCUUCACAUCAUGAUGUUGCCACCACCGUGCUUCACAUCAUGAUGUUGCCACCACCGUGCUUUAAUCAUGUUGCCACCACCGUGCUUCACAUGAUGCUGCCACCACCGUGCUUUAAUCAUGAUUCUGCCACCACUGUGCUUCAUAUCAUGAUACUGGCACCACCGUUGUUUCAAAAGUCUGACACUGUCUCAUGAUGAAGAAGGAUUUGUUACUGACUGAAUAUUCUGUUAUAAUACCAGUAAAAUAAUCAUUUUCUUGUCAGCUUCAGAACCAGCAGGUUAAAGGGACCAAAAAUAAUAACAUACUUUGCAUCUCCAACCAAAGACAUGUUGGGUUCCAAUUGCAAUGUGAUGCACACAAUGUGUGAUACUGUAACUACACGGCUUCAUUCAGUGGUUUUAGUAACGUACAGAUCAACAGGUUUGCAAAUAAAACAUUUUCCUUCAGAUGAGACUCUGAAUCACUCAUAGAGAAUGAUUUGGAUAAAAACGCCUAAUCUUUGAUUAAAGUCUAAACUCUGAACAUAACCAGCUCCCGACCACAACAUCAGUUACCAUGGAGAUCUAGUCCUGAAGCAUCAGUUACCAUGGAGAUCUAGCUCCACAACGUCAGUUACCAUGGAGAUCUAGCUCCACAGCAUCAGUUACCAUGGAGAUAUAGCUCCACAGCAUCGGUUACCUUGGAGAUCUAGUUCCGAAGCAUCAGUUACCAUGGAGAUCUAGUUCCAAAGCAUCAGUUACCAUGGAGAUCUAGCUCCACAGCAUCAGUGAGCAUGGAGAUCUAGCUCCACAACGUCAGUUACCAUGGAGAUCUAGCUCCACAGUGUCAGUUCCCAUGGAGAUCUAGCUCCACAACGUCAGUUACCAUGGAGAUGUAGCUCCACAGCAUCAGUUACCAUGGCGAUCUAGCUCCAUAGCAUCAAUUACCGUGGAGAUAUAGCUCCACAGCAUCGGUUACCAUGGAGAUCUAGUUCUGAAGCAUCAGUUACCGUGGAGAUCCAGUUCCGAAGCAUCAGUUACCGUGGAGAUCCGGUUCCGAAGCAUCAGUUCCCAUGGAGAUCUAGCUCCACAGUGUCAGUUCCCAUGGAGAUCUAGCUCCACAAUGUCAGUUACCAUGGAGAUGUAGCUCCACAGCAUCAGUUCCCAUGGAGAUGUAGCUCCACGGCAUCAGUUACCAUGGCGAUCUAGCUCCAUAGCAUCAGUUACCGUGGAGAUAUAGCUCCACAGCAUCGGUUACCAUGGAGAUCCAGUUCCGAAGCAUCAGUUACCGUGGAGAUCCAGUUCCAAAGCAUCAGUUACCGUGGAGAUCUAGUUCCGAAGCAUCAGUUACCAUGGAGAUCUAGCUCCACAGCAUCAGUUAGCAUGGAGAUCUAGCUCCACAACGUCAGUUACCAUGGAGAUCUAGCUCCACAGUGUCAGUUCCCAUGGAGAUCUAGCUCCACAAUGUCAGUUACCAUGGAGAUGUAGCUCCACAGCAUCAGUUCCCAUGGAGAUGUAGCUCCACAGCAUCAGUUCCCAUGGAGAUCUAGCUCCACGGCAUCAGUUACCAUGGCGAUCUAGCUCCAUAGCAUCAGUUACCGUGGAGAUGUAGCUCCACAGCAUCGGUUACCAUGGAGAUCUAUUUCUGAAGCAUCAGUUACCGUGGAGAUCUAGUUCCGAAGCAUCAGUUACCAUGGAGAUUUAGUUCCGAAGCAUUAGUUACCAUGGAAAUCUAACUGGUUAAAGAGAGCCCUCUGACUUUAAACUGGAUUUAUCCAUUAAAGCAGCAGCUUCCCAGCAGCUGUUUAUCAGUUAAGAUCUUCUUUUUAAAAUGAACAAUGAACAAUAAAUACAUCAAGUGUUUCACCAGCUGUCCUUUCAGUGGUUUCUCUAAACAGACAGCGUUUUCUAACCAAACUGGACCAAAACACUUCAUGUGGAUCAGAACAUAUCUAAAGCUAAUCCUCCAUGAGUUCUCGCUGUGACCUUUAGGUGGCUCUGAUCUUUUCAUUUAUGUUCAUUUAUUGGGGGAGCUUUUUUCUAGCUAAUUAUCCUGUAACCUGAUUAGACAUGAGAGGCUGAAGGUGGGGAAAUGACGGUUAAACAAUAAAGAUUGUUAAAGACGUUGUAAA